GACUCGGAGCAAAAGGACUACAUCAACGUGAAAGGCUGUGUGCCGCAGUUUGAGAAGUGGCUGCAGGACAACCUCACCUUGGUGGCCGGAAUCUUCAUUGGAGUGGCUCUACUGCAGAUUUUUGGGAUUUGUCUGGCCCAAAACCUUGUGAGUGACAUCGAGGCUGUGCGGGCGAGCUGGGUGCCCCCCCCUCUGUCCAUGCGUCGACUCCCACCACACCCCAGCAAGAAAUCAUCGGCUUACUACUCAUGAGACACACACACGCGCGCACAUGCUGUAUGUGUGUCUGUAGCCGGUGGGUGUGAUGGAUCAUUUGGUCACUGUUUUGUCUUUGGUGUGCUGUGAAUGGCUGGAUGCUUCUCUGUUUGCUGUUGUGUUGUUUUGUUCCAUCUGAGGGCCAAAUCUGUCAAUCUGGAGCUGUUUUAUGAUAACAGCUUCCUCUGGAGGCAAUAGUGAGCCACCGGAGUCAUUCUGUCAUUUUUCAGUGUUUGAUUCUGUCAGUUAAUAAUCAGAUCCAGUGAAGCAGGAAUACUAAAUUUCCCACUUUCUAGAAAACAUUGCGUCUUCAGUAGUGACCUAAUUCUGCUCCGAUGGGUGCAACUAAGGAAAUUCAACCAAUUAAGUUCUCGGAAAUGUAUCAGCAAUUCAACCCAUUCUAUCAGUUCAAUUAGCAUUUAAAGGUCCAGUGUGUGGGAUUUAGCGGAACCUGCUGGCAGAAAUGGUAAAUAAUAUUCAUAACUUUACUGUUACCUGAAAAUAACAAUUGUUUUGUUUUUGGUUACCGUAGAAUAUGCUGUUUAUAUCUAAGCACAGAGGGGGUCCUCUCCCAGAGUCCACCAUGUUGUGUCUACAGUAGCCCAGAACGGACAAAUCAGCCACUGUAGCGCUCCUACACGCUUCGCACAUGGGAGAAAUUUCAGUUCUGCAACCUCACCACUAGAUGCAACUAAAUCCUACACACUGGACAUUUAUAUUACAC